AUGAAGCAAAACGCGUUGAACGAAGUGAUGACUAAAAUGAAUUGCAAUGACUGUCGGAAUGUUUGGCUUAAGAAACCGGAGUUCGCGACACAAGUGAACGGAAUAUUCUUUACAGCUAUCAUCACAAUUGCCGUACUAUGCACUACAAUAAAGCAGGUUCACUCAAAAUGUCCCGUUGCCGCCACAAUAAAGCCAUGCUCAUGCUAUGAUAGUGGCGAUUCAAGAUCGUUAUCAUGCUACUCCAGUAAUAUCACCGAUGUCAAAGGGUUAUUUCAAAAUAUAAGCAAGGCACUCGAUGAAAAGGACAGGCAGUUUGACUCGCUUUCGUUAUCACUACAAUCUGUGGCUGAACUACCGGCGCAAGCAUUUGCUGAUAUUAAAUUUAAAAAGAUAUCAAUCAGUGGAUCAAAAGUGCUCAAACAUAUUGAUGUAGACCUACUAAAAGGGAACUCAGAUUCCGUAAUAGAGUUCUCAGCAAGCUCACUAAAUUUAACUGAUAAUUUGGAUAUAUGCAACUUGGUUAACUCGUUAGAGCACCUUGAAACACUAACACUAUCACGCAACAAUUUAAACGUCAUGCCUGAAAACGCGUUCAAGGAACACAAAAAUUUGACAACGGUCAAAAUAACAAGUGAACAAAAUCUGAAAAUAUCGGGGAAUGCCUUCAAAUCGCUGGGAAGUUCACUCCGAUAUAUGGAGAUAGCGAGCGCUAACAUCACCGCCAUCUCUGACAAUGCCUUCGCCUUUGACGACACUUUGAAAGAAAACUUACGGCUCAUCCUAAACACCGAUAACAUCGAUUUGAAUGGUAUAAGUAAAUCGGCAUUUGCUGGCGCUAAACGACCCAUCUCAUUGGUACUGAUUAAGGAUAAGACUAUCCUAUAUCUGGAUGAAGCAGUUUUCAGUACGUUUAUGAAAGGAAACCCAUUGAACGAAGUGAUGACACAAAUCGAUUGCACGAACUGUAAGAAUGUUUGGCUUAAGAAACCGGAGUUCGCGACACAAGUGAACGGAAUAUUCUGUACGAAUGGACUCGAGUUGAAUGAUCCGAAAAACUUUGUCGGCUGUUAA